AUGGUGACCGCAGCUCUCAGCCAGGGCGUCGGCUACGGCAUUGUCCUCGGCCUGGGCUUGCUAUUCGCCAUUGGCAUGAUCGCCACCACCUAUGUCCUCAAGCGAUACAACAGGGAGCUGCAGACUUCCGAGAACUUCACGACGGCCGGAAGGACGGUCAAGUCCGGCCUCGUCGGCUCCGCGGUCGUCUCAUCCUGGACAUGGGCCGCCACGCUCCUCCAGUCCUCCGGCGUGUGCUACCGGUACGGAGUCUCUGGCCCGUUCUGGUACGCCUCGGGCGCCACCGUUCAGAUCCUCCUCUUUGCGACGCUCGCCAUUGAGCUCAAGCGCAGGGCGCCCAAUGCUCAUACGUUCCUCGAGGUCAUCAAGGCGAGGUAUGGCACGGCCACGCAUCUCGUCUUCAUCGUUUUCGGCCUGAUGACCAACAUCCUGGUCACCCUGAUGCUGAUCGUGGGUGGUGCGGCGACCGUCAACGCACUCACUGGCAUGCACACCGUCGCCGCAAUUUACCUGCUACCCGUCGGUGUUGUCGCCUACACGCUUGUCGGAGGACUGAAAGCGACCUUCCUCACCGAUUGGGUCCACACCUUCAUCCUGCUCAUCAUCAUAAUCAUCUUCUCUUUGACGACGUACGCCAACUCGGACGUGCUCGGCAGCCCCUCCAAAGUCUACGACCUCCUCGUCGAGGCUGCCUUCAGACACCCCGUCUCGGGCAAUGCCGAGGGCUCGUACUUGACGAUGAAGUCGCAGGGUGGCGUCGAGUUCUUCGUCAUCAAUAUCGUGGGCAACUUUGGCACCGUCUUCCUGGACAACGGCUACUACAACAAGGCCAUCGCCGCGUCUCCCGUCCACGCUCUCCCCGGUUACAUCCUCGGCGGCCUCUCGUGGUUCGCCAUCCCCUGGCUGACGGCCACGACCAUGGGCCUCUCGGCCCUGGCCCUCGAGUCGAGCCCGCGCUUCCCGACCUUCCCCAACCGCAUGACCGACGCCGAGGUUUCCGCCGGUCUGGCCCUCCCCUACGCCGCUGUCACUCUCCUCGGCAAGGGCGGCGCAGCGGCGACCCUGCUGAUGAUCUUCAUGGCCGUCACCUCGGCCUCGUCCGCCGAGCUCAUCGCCGUGUCCUCCAUCUUCACCUACGACAUCUACCGGACCUACUUCAAGCCCGACGCCAGCGGCAAGCGCCUCAUCUACAUGUCCCACGUUGUCGUCGUCGUGUACGCCAUCGUCAUCAGCUCCGUCUCCGUGGGCCUCUACUACAACGGCAUCUCCAUGGGAUACCUCUACCUGCUCAUGGGCGUCCUCAUCUCCGCCGCCGUGCUCCCUGCCACCCUGACCCUCGUCUGGAAGGGCCAGAACAAGUGGGCGGCGACGCUCUCGCCCAUCAUCGGCACCGUCUUCGCCAUCAUCGGCUGGCUCGUCACUGCCAAGAAGACGUGCGGCGUCCUCGACGUGGCGUGCACGGGCUCCAACAGCCCGAUGCUGGCCGGCAACGUCAUCGCCCUGCUCUCCCCGCUUGUGCUGAUCCCGAUCUUCACGCUGGCCUUUGGCAUCGACAAGUACGACUGGAAGUCGAUGAUGGCCAUCCGCAGGGGCGACGACCAUGACCUGGCCAGCGCUGCCGGCCUGGACCUGGAGGAAGUCACGGGACACCACGAGUCGCAGGCGGACUUUGAGCGGGAGCAGGCGAUGUUGUCUCGCGCGUUUCAGAUAUCUGUCUCCAUGACGGUGUUCAUGACCAUUGCGAUGCUCAUCCUGUGGCCGAUGCCCAUGUACGGCUCCGGUUACAUCUUCAGCAAGCCCUUCUUCACCGGCUGGGUCGUGGUCGGCAUCCUCUGGAUUUUCUGCUCCUUUUUCGCCGUCGGCCUGUAUCCCAUCUUUGAGGGCCGCGCGACGCUUAUCCACACGGUCAAGUCGAUGGUGUCCGGCAAGAAGCCGACGCGGCACAGCACUACCGUUACGCACGGCGAGCAGGAGGUCACGGAGAAGACGAGCCUCGGGACCGUCACACCGGAGAAGAAGGACGGAGGCAAGGAGACGAUCUCGUCGUGA